GUCGAAAAUUUGCCAAUGCGGAGGAGUUAUGCAUAUACAAAAAUACACAGAGGCCAUUGAUGGCUUUGCAUACAGAUGUAUUGAGUGCCGAAAGAGGAAAUCGGUUCGAGGUUUGUCGUUGUUUUUUAGUUUACAGAUCCCUUAGGAACUUUUCUCUCAAGGUCUAAACUACCUUUGACGAAAAUUUUAAUGAUCUGUAACCUCUGGGUCCUGAAAAGAGCAGUCACAGCUACAGCUUAUGAAACAGAAAAUUCAGAGGUGUCAGCAGUGCAAUGGCACAACUACUGCAGAGAUGUUUCCUCCUGGAAAAUGAACACCCUGACUCAAGUUCUCGGAGGAGUCGGCAGCAUAGUCCAUAUUGAUGAGAGUGUACUUAUAAAAAGGAAAUACAACCGCGGGAGAUUACAAGCAAACCAGCAGUGGAUACUAGGUAUCUACGACACGACACUGCGCAAAGUAUAUAUAGAAGCGAUUUCCAAUCGCAGUGCAGCAGUAUUAGUGCCUAUUAAUAAGCGUUUGGUGUUGCCGGGGACGACUAUUCAUACAGAUGAAUGGAGCGGAUACCGUCAAUUAUCGAAUCAUGGGUACAUUCAUCAUGUUGUUAAUCAUACGGACGGUUUCCGGAAUCCUUUAGAUGGAACCCACACCAGCUCCAUUGAAAGUUUUAGGAGUCAUCUAAAAAGACGUAUAACAGCGGUUAAUGGAUCGAGAAAUCCCAUGAUUUACAGUUACCUGGAUGAAUUUAUGUACCGAAUCUGGUUUCAUAUAACUUUGAGGACUCCCAUGAGAAACUGGGAGCUUUUUUGGAACAUAUACGCGAACGCCAUCCUUUGUAACUGUUUAUUGUGAUUGCACUACUUUUAUAUAAAC